GCCAUCAUACCAGCCGGCCUUGUGUCCCAGACGUAAGAUGCGCUGGCAGGAGCCGCCACCUCGCCAUACCGCGCCACGCGCCAUGGCGCCCAACGACGACAACGACGACAACAGCACCAUUGCGCCGCGCGAGAGCAACAGCCUCCUCGGCAGCUUCCGCAGCAGCUUCUCGUGGGGCCUGCGCAAGAGCAGCCUCGCCAACAGCUCAACGACCAGCGCCAAUAUGGACGAGCUCGACGACGCCAGCAGCAGUGACCAAGGCGCGACCAGCGACGACUCGACGCCCGAGGUCGAGCCCGCUGACUGGAUUGACCGCGGGUCCCGCAUCCAUCCGACACUCUCGAUGCUGCAAAGCGACAGCUUUGACGACACGUACGACGCGCCGGCCGUCCGCUGCAGCAGCAGCAUCACGCUCGAGGCGCCGCCGGUUGCCGACACGAUCCUCCGGCGCGGCUGGAUUGAAAAGUGCGGCAACAAGUUCAAGACGUGGAAGUGGCGGUACUUUGAGCUCACGCGCGACGGGUACUUGCGCUACUACACGGCCGAAGACAAGGCUACGUGCAAGGGGUCGAUCCACGUCGAGGCAACGACAAAGAACGACAUUGUCAUUCAAACCCAUGUGAGCGAGCGCCUGUACUUUUUCAUUUUGCUCACGCCUGGGCGCACGUACCUCUUCUCGACCAAGACGCAGCGCGCCAUGACGCGUUGGAUCCACGCGCUCGAAAGCAUUGGUGCCAAUGCGCGCACCGGUCGCUGGGAUCCACUGCGCAACACGGUGCACUUGACGCUCGACGACGCCGAGCUGGCGCACAAGUGGACGCCGUACGAAGACCCGCGCGACCACGCGAGCAUGGAAGGCGUGCUCUACAAGCGCGGUCACGUGCGCACGAAUUGGUCCAAGCGCUUCUUCCGCAUCGAGAUCCACAACAAACUGCCCAUGCUGUGUUACUACACGGAAGACCAGGGCGCGCCCAAAGGCCAUUUACCGCUCCUCGGCUGCAUCGUGAGCGGUGGCAUCCCGUUUGCGCCCGAUUCCCGACGCAACUACUUUGUCAUUGCGACCGACAACUUGGAGCUCCACUUGAGCGCAAUGACCGAGCACGACAUGUAUCUCUGGCUCCACGCGAUCCAGCAAGUGCAAAAGAAGCACCCGCGCCCGCCCAGCGUCCUCACGCAGGCCAUUGACCGCGCCUGCGUUCUCGCCAAGACGCUCGAGCGUGUCCCGGUGACCUUUCGGAGCAAGCGCGACUUUGAAGCGAUGGAGCUGGCCCGCCGCGGCGAGGCCCUCCUCGUGACCGAAGCGUCCGUGCUCGCGUCGGAGGUCGUGCGCGGGGCACAGCUCGUGACGAUCGCCGGUGUCUCGCUCGGCACGACGUGCGACGCUGUCCGCCUGCGGCUCGCGACCGCUGUCUAUCCGCUCACGUGCGAGUUUCUCUUGCCGCCGAAGAAGCGCGGCACGUUGAUCAAGAAGUCGCGGGCGACGCAUCAGAUGGCGACGUGGAAGGAGCGCGAUGUCGUCGUCGCCAACGGCGAGCUGCGCUACAUGGCGGGCAACGCUCUCCGCGGUGCGUUCUCGCUCGCGGGGUGCUGGGUCACGGUCGCGGCAUUUGCGAAUCGACCGUUCUGUAUCGUGCUCGGCCGAUCGCCGAGUGACAAACUCGUGCUCCAAGCACCGACCCUCAGCGACCAAGUCGAGUGGGCGAGCGUGCUGCACUGCAGCAUCGUCAUGGCGAGCCAAGGGCUCAAUAUGACCCAAAUGCGCUACGAGCGCCCUUUCUAUUAGUAAUUUAUCUUGCGUGCUGUCGUGGUUG